CCGUACCUUUUGAUUUCUGCAUUUAGAAGAAACAUAUUUGAAAGGGGGCAAUGGUGUCGUGCCGCUGCAGUUUUCUUCUACGAAGCGCGCCCUCCUUUCGUGGAGCGUUCAUGGAUACCAUCUGCAAAUGCUCCUGGCGCUUUAUGGGAAGAGGAAUGGGCGCUACCAUUUCCAUUUCCACCUGGAGCCCUACCAUUCACAUUCCAUCAUUCUCUGCCAUGCCCAUUUCCAUUCAUCUUCCACCUAUCAUGUCCAACACCCUUCACCACCAACCCUGCUGUCCUCGCCCCGAGGGAACUCGCUUCAUGGCAUCUUUGCCCGUCGUCAGAUGGUUCCGCAGGAUGAGGAGGUCGGCUCUUAAGAGGCCUCCCGCUGAAAAGGAGCUGGAUUUAGACAUUCGAAUUGCCUUUGCCGAGAAUGUCUAUAAAGACGAAGAACUCCUGAAUAUAGCAGAACUUCUUCAUCUCAAUGUUCCAAUGGCAAUGAAGGUAGCCUUUGAUGGCAUAAAAGAUUCAACUGCCAAAACAAGAGACACUGCCAUAGAGGAUGUGGGAAGUUUUGAGAAGGUUGAACUGUCAGUAUUACUGUGUGAUAAUGAUUUCAUUCGUGAAUUGAACAAAGAGUGGCGUGAUAUGGACUGUACUACUGAUGUUAUUUCAAUGUCUCAGCACAUUCCUGGAUGCCAACUUCCUGUUCUAAAGUUGGGGGAUAUUGCUAUCUCUGUAGAUGCAGCUGCCAAGCAGGCAGUAGAAAGAGGCCACAGUCUUCUUGAUGAAAUACGAAUCUUGAUGGUACAUGGGAUGCUGCAUCUUUUAGGAUAUAACAAUGAAAGAAGCAAGGAGGCUCAAAAAGAGAUGGAGAAGGAGAAAGACAUUAUUCUGAAAUGCCUGGGGUGGAAAGGGAUAGGCUCAAUGCAUAUUACUAAUGAAAGUCUUGAAGACUGCAGGUUACCACACAAGUCAGAAAAAGAAAAUUUUGAUGGUUGGGCAGAUCAAGAUAUUAAGACUGAGAAAGAAAAAAUCAUGCGAUCUUACAAGCCCAAAUUUAAAUAUCUGUUCUGUGAUAUGGAUGGCACGUUAUUGAAUAGCAAAAGCUUAGUAAGUCCAAGGACAGCAGAAGCUCUUAGAGAGGCAAAUUCAAGGGGAGUGAAAAUCAUUAUUGCUACAGGCAAGGCACGUCCUGCUGCAAUGAGUGCUCUACAAUUGGUAGAUUUAGCUGGAGAAGAUGGUAUUAUUUCAAAAAGUUCUCCUGGGGUUUUCUUACAGGGUUUGCUGGUUUAUGGGAAACAAGGCCUUGAGCUUCACAGGAGAAAUCUAGACCCAGAUAUCUGCAAAGAGGCAUUUUUAUUUUCUUUGGAACAACAGUUUCCUCUUGUUGGUUUUAGUGAAGAUCGAAUGGUUACAUUAUUUAACCACCCAUUAAUUGAUGCUCUUCAUUCUGUAUACUUCGAGCCAAAGCUACACAAGAUGAGGUCCAACUCCAAUGCCCAUGAAGGUCAUCUUGACAGGAUCGAUGAUGAUGAGCCCAUGUUUCCUUCUCAGGUGCCUCACCCAAUGCAGGUGUGCAGCAAGUUAGAGGCAGAAGUAAUGUCAUCUGUGGAGCAUCUCUUGUCUUCUGUUAGUGUACAAAAAUUACUCUUUUAUGAUACUGCUGAGAACGUACAUAAUGUUUUGCGGCCACAUUGGUCAGUAGCUACGGAAGGGCAAGCACGUGUAGUCCAGGCACUACCAGACAUGUUGGAGAUUCUUCCGUCAGGCGCUUCAAAAGGGGCUGGAGUACAGAUGCUGCUUGAUCAUCUUGGUGUAAAUAGUGAUGAGGUGAUGGCCAUUGGGGAUGGUGAAAAUGAUGUGGAGAUGCUUGACCUGGUUGGUUGGGGAGUUGUGAUGGCUAAUGGUUCAGACAAAGCAAAAGCUGUAGCGAAUGCAAUUGUAACUAGUAAUGAUGAGGAUGGUGUGGCUGAUGCUAUCUAUCGCUAUGUUUUUUGAUAGCUAACUAUUUAGUGAUUGCAUUGACUGAAUGGAGGAGUUACACUAUUGUAGAAGCUAUAUUAAUUAUUUGUGUAUACCUUUUACUUAUCAAACUGUCCAGUUGCUGGAAAUGCCACAUGAAUUACUUAGAUGUCAACUGCUAGUUUCUUCAAUGACUUUUCUAUUUCUCAGA